CAAAUUCAGGUUACUCGGUUAAGCGCGCCCCCAACGCGCACUCCCAGCCGCAAGGGGCGCUGUCCGCUUGCCUCUCGCGGGCGCGCAGAGGACUCCGCUCUGGACGCUGAGGUGGGCGGAAGGGGCGUGGCCGAGGCGCGGGGGCCUGGGAGGGAGCGGAGCGCUUGGCCGCGGAGACGGCGCUCGGAUCCAGCCACUUAGAGGAGUGCAGAGGCGGGGAGGGGGAAGGGAGGCUGGUCCCCCGUUAGUGCCCCGCGGGUGGGACCACGUGAUCGGAGAGGCCCCGCCUCCCCUCGGAGCCAGGUGUUCGAAUCCCACUCCCGGGCGGGCGGCGUCCCAGUCCGGUCGACUGGAGGCUUCCUUGGCGCCCAUGGCGGCACCCGUCCGCCUGGGCCGGAAGCGCCCACUGCCGGCUUGUCCCAAUCCGCUCUUCGUCCGCUGGCUGACCGAGUGGCGGGACGAGGCAGCCAGCAGGGGGCGCCGCACGCGCUUCGUAUUUCAGAAGGCUCUGCGCUCCCUCCGGCGGUACCCACUGCCCCUGCGCAACGGGAAGGAAGCUAAGAUCCUACAGCACUUCGGAGACAGGCUCUGCCGGAUGCUGGACGAGCGGCUGCAGCAACACCGAGCAUCGGGCGGUGACCAUGAUCUCAGCUCACCACCUGGGAAAAAGAGCCCUGCCCCUGACGGGCCACCUGCGGAAGCCCAGGAUCCUUCCACGCGGGUUCCAGCCAAGCCCAAGACAGGAGGCUCUGGUGGCUACUGGCCAGCUCGGCAUUCAGGGCCACGAACGGUGCUGCUCCUGCUUUACGAGGAGCACCUGAGUCCUGGCAGCCCUGGCUUCCUAACCAAGGAGCAGCUGCUGCAGCGGUGUGCCCAGAAGGCUCCUAGGGUGGCCCCUGGGAGUGCUCGACCCUGGCCAGCCCUCCGCUCCCUCCUUCACAAGAACCUCAUCCUCAGGACACACCAGCCAGCCAGGUACUCCCUGACCCCAGAGGGCCUGGAGCUGGCCCAGAAGCUGGCCGAGUCGGAGGGCCCGAGCUCACUGGCUGCAGGUGUCCGGCCAGAGGAGCCCCCUGGGGAGGGGGCAGAAGUGCCUGGAGCAGCCUCAGCUGAGCUUGGUGGCAGCGAAGAGGGGGUCCAACAGCCGCUGCUGGAGCUGGGACCUGGAGAAUACAGGGUGCUGUUGUGUGUGGAUGUUGGCGAGACCACAGGAGCAGGGCACCGGCCAGAGCUGCUCCGCGAGCUACAGCGGCUGCACGUGCCCCACACGGUCCGCAGGCUGCAUGUUGGGGACUUUGUGUGGGUGGCUCAGGAGACCAGGCCCAGAGAUCCAGCGAGACCCGGAGAGCUGGUUCUGGACCACGUGGUGGAGCGCAAGCGGCUGGACGAUCUGUGCAGCAGCAUCAUCGACGGCCGCUUCCGGGAGCAGAAGUUCCGGCUGAAGCGCUGUGGCCUGGGGCACCGGGUGUACCUGGUGGAGGAACACGGCUCAGUGCAGAACCUCAGCCUGCCUGAGAGCACGCUGCUGCAAGCUGUCACCAACACUCAGGUCAUCGAUGGCUUCUUCGUGAAGCGCACGGCAGACAUUAAAGAGUCAGCUGCCUACCUGGCCCUCCUGACUAGGGGCCUGCAGAGACUUUACCAGGGCCACACCCUACGCACCCGCCCCUGGGGAACUCCAGGGGACCCUGAAUCAGGGGCCAGGCCCUCCCCAAACCCUCUCUGCUCACUCCUCACCUUCAGUGACUUCAACGCAGGAGCCAUCAAGAACAAGGCCCAGUCUGUGCGGGAGGUGUUUGCCCGGCAGCUGAUGCAGGUGCGUGGAGUGAGUGGGGAGAAGGCAGCGGCCCUAGUGGACCGGUACAGCACCCCUGCCAGGCUCCUGGCCGCCUAUGACGCCUGUGCCACCCCCAAGGAACAGGAGACCCUGCUGAGCACCAUCAAGUGUGGGCGCCUGCAGAGGAAUCUGGGGCCCACUCUGAGCAGGACCUUGUCCCAGCUCUACUGCAGCCGCGUCCCCCUGACCUGAGCCGCGCACGAGCGAGUCCUGCCCUGUCAUCCCUCCAGCUGGGCCUGCCAGCCUUUUAACCACAAUCUUUUGGACUUCAAUAAAUAUCUUAAGUGCACGCAGCCUGUUGCGUUAUGGAGGGGUGUGCCAGGCCCCAGAGGCCUUAUAAACCAUCCAGGCAGAACUGGGGAGAUCAUCUGCUCCGAUCCAUUGGUUUUUAAACUAAGCUCCUCCGGACCCUGGGGUUCUGUGGUGGAUCACGGAGGCUGCCAGGAGAUGGGGUCAGUGGGGCAUUGCAACUUGGAAUCUAAUUGAUGUAAUCAGAAGGGCCCUGGUUAAAUAAA